CCAUCAGUCACUUCCCAAUAGAUCCGCAGAAGAUACAUGCAGCUGUUCAAUCAUCACGCAAAAGAAAGAGACACACGCCAUGAAGAUGUAUCCGGACGCAGAUCGACCAAUCACUAUCGACAGUCUGACGGGCAGCCAAACAGACAGACAGACAGACAGACGAGCGAUUUGUCCACGCACGGAGGCACCCUGUGUGAUGCAGCCAGGCGCUGAGUCCCCUCAUCCCCCCUUCUGUAUCAUGAGUAGGCAUUUCCAUCCAUCCAUCCAUCCAUGUGUCUCCAUGUAGGUAUGCAUGCGCUACGGUAUCCCUCACCCACGUGUGCUCAAAAAGACUCCAUAGCCUGAAAGAGCAACGCAGCACAGCACAACAAACGAGCAAAACACCAUCGCCCAUGUUUGUAUGUGUAUGUCGCCCCCCAGCCAACCAACCAGAUGACCUCCUACCUUCUGUCGUGUAUCAGUCAGUUGAGGUUGGCUCGGUUUGGUGCGGCGACGUGCGCCGCUCCUCCGUCGUUAGGCGACACCAUCGAAGGGCUGGAUGUCAUCUACAUAUUCACACACACACAGAUGCAUCCAUCCAUCCAUCCCAUCAGCACACACACAGAUGCUGUUGGUCAUUCACUGGUAGGGCGAAUGGUACUGGCGAUGAGGCGGGUGAGGGGUCGCGUGGCAGAGCCAGCCCGAUGUUCAUCAGGGGAGGGCUCCGGUCGCCACGAGGAGACCCCAGAUGACCCAACCUGUCAUUCACAUACAUACAAGGACUUUGCCUACAUCUCUCUCUCUCUCUUUGUCCCUCUGUGUGUAUGGCGAGGUUGACCUCCCCGGCGUCUUGCAGCCUCGUUUCUUGGCUGAAGACAUGGGUACACGAGUAGGCAAACCUAUCCUGCAACACACACACACACACACACAAGUGAGCCACGCCCAAGUGAAUGGGCGGCCAUCCAAGGAAAGAGUGUCUCGCAUACUUGGCCGAUCGAGGACCGAUGGGCCGCGGGGCCGUCACCGCUGCCGUUGCCCCCACACCUCUGUAGGUAACGCACGAGACAGAUAAGAUAACCGCACAGUGUCCCCCUCCCUCCUCUGUUUGAUUACGUGUUGGGCGAGAAUGGUUCGCUGAGGUCCUUGAGGUCGACCAUGGACAUGCCGCGGCCGCCCACGGUCAGCAGCCCACGGGUCGUGUACGCGGGGGCCGGCGGAGGCGUCACGGGAACAUGCCCCAACGGACUGAUAAAGAAUGAUGUACACACACAGAGGGAGAGGGAGAGAGGGGUCCGCCGUGUCUGUGCUCCGCUUACAUGUUGGUGUUCGUGCCAGUCGUCUGCUCUACGCCCGCCCUCUCCCCUCCCUCCCCCCCCUCCCCGCCCUGCUCAUACUCCUUCUCACGAAUGCGGCUCCGCUGCUCUCCUUCCGACACCACGGGCGGCACCGGCGACGCAGCGACCGACGGACCAAGACUAGGCAGGUCCAGCGGCACCUCCACACGCCCAGCUUGGGCUAUGCUCGCCAGGAUGGGCCACGACUCGCCAACACCUCUACCCCCAGGCCCCUCUCCCCCACCAUUGCCAUUUUUCUCGUCAAACCCACUGCUACCGUCGGCCAGGGCCACCUGCACCUGUGGUGUGGCGUCUCGUGAGAGCCCCAGGAUGGCGUUCUUUUCGAGGUAUUGAGCCAUCUGCAGGGCCGGACCGAAUGUGGGCGAUCGGAGGCGGCUGGAGGGGAGGUCGUUGAUGCCGCCGUUGCUGUUGUUGAAGAAUGGGUUGGUGCGCUUGAAUGAGUGGAUGGGUGGCGGGGUGCGGUCGGGGACGGGCACUGGGAGAGGGGGCUUGGAGCUAUCGCGCGGCUGCUGCUGCUGCUGCUGCUGAGUGGUCAUGCUGAGCAGCUGGGUCAACCUGAGAAAGAGAAAUGAGAGACACAGUAACAGCACAAGAGAGUUCGUGUCGUUUGUGUCCUUCAUCUAUCUGUCUUACUGUUCUUUGAUUAGUGACUGUUCCUUGAGGACCAUGUCGACCUUGGCCCUCACGCCCUCCAUCUUCCCCUCCACCCCCGCCAGCCCCCGCUCAACCGCACCCACACUCCCCAAGUUGACCUCCACAUCACGCAACCGCCCCAUCACCCCACCCCCUCCCACCCCGGCUCCCACGCUAUCGCCGAACUUGUCAUCCAGGGUGCACUCCACCACCUGCUGCAUCAGAGCCCUCAGCUCCUCCUCACGCACGCCGCGCACCAUCCUCUCCAAAAGUCCAUCGGUGUCGAUGGCCUUGGACUCCCGCGCCGCCCCAUCACCGUCACCAGCGCCAGCACCGCCAGCACCGCCAUCCGGUGUGCUGUAGAUCUCGCCCUUGGGCGAAUGCACAACUUGCGACGCACUGCAGCAUCCAUCCAUGGGGAGAGAAAAAAUGAGUGCCCCCCAGGUCGACAUAUGCCCUCCGCUCUGUCUGUCGUGUCAAUUGCUUACUUGUCCUUUUUCGGCGUGUGGAGCGUGUGUUGGUCUUCCGUCGCCUGGACGACGGUGUGCUGGUGCUGGUGCUGCUGCUGCUGGUGCAGAUGGUGCUGAUGGUGGGGGGCAGCUGGGUGGCGGCGCGCGCCGAGAUGGGCCGCAUCACCCGCACCCGAUGCGAUGGAGGCAGAUGCAGUGCCGGCCGCCGAUCCCGCCGAUGCAGCUGUGCGGGGUCGGUGCUGGUGCUGAUGCUGACAAUAGGAGAGAAAACGAUAAUAGCGUUGUGCAUUCGGAUGCAUUCGGAUGACGUCACGUUGUAUGGCCCAUGCACUACCUGUGGUGCGCGCGCGGCGGCCUGUUUCGGCUUGGGGAUCAUCGAGGGCUGCUGCACGGGGGGAUGCGGGUGCUGCUGCUUCCUGCAGGCAACAAUGGCAAAGAGAAUUGAGAUGCAUCCAAUGCAUUCCAUCCGUCCAAUUCAUCCAUUCGAUGGGUUGUGCACCAUCAUCCGUACUUCUCCUUACUCCUUGUCCUGUUUCCAUUGCAACAGCUUCUUCUUCCUAUCCACGGCGGCAGCGGAUCUUUCCUUGUCCGCCAUCUCGCCAAACAACCGCAUCCAAGCGGAUGC